AUGGUUUCGGCUUUCGUUUCGGUCGUACAAGGACAUAUCAUCUCAAACAAGUUCGUGGUUUUAGCGAAAGUGCGGCACUCGCAGCGCAUGAAUGAGGCCUUGAUACCAAUUUGGAUUAUUACCGAAAUGGAUGAGACAAUCAACUGCGCUCAUUGUUUGGGAUGCAAGGCGGGAUUAGCCGAGUCAUGCUCCCAUAUAGCCAGCGUGCUUUUUUAUCUCGAGACCUGGACGAAGUUAAAUGGAGGGCUAUCGUGUACUCAAAUGAAGUGCUCCUCGAUACUACCAAACUUUGCAAAAGAGGUUGAAUACGCCAGGGUCAGAGACAUAAACUUCAAAUCAGCUAAAAAAAUGAAAGCUGACCUUGAUGCAACGAUAGAGAAUCUAUCAAAUGACCUCCAGUCUUCUGUGGGCUCGAACGUCUUUACUGAAAGCCCUGUUCAGAAACCGGAAGUACCAGCGCCAAAACACAAGCGGAAAUGGAAUGCUUUUACUCUGAUCUAA